ACAAGCAAGCUCGACAACAGAGUGCCAACAGAAACAACCCCAUCCCGAUCCCAAUUCGCAACGCAGAGCGAUGGCCGUGGGCAAGCAAUGGACGCGGCUGCGCACGCUCGGCCGCGGCGGCUCGGGGGCUGAGGUCUUCCUCGCCGCGGACGAUGUGUCGGGCCAGCUCUUCGCGGUCAAGUCCGCGACGGCGGCGUGCGCCUCGGCUCUUAAGAGGGAGGAGGGCCUCAUGUCCUGCCUGCGCUCCCCGCGCGUCGUCUCCUGCAUCGGCGGCCGCGACGCCCGCGACGGCUCCUACCAGCUCUUCCUCGAGUUCGCCCCCGGCGGCUCGCUGGCGGACCGGGUGGCCAGCAACGGGGGGCUCGACGAGUGCGCCGUCCGCGGGUACGCCGCUGACGUGGCGGCCGGGCUCGCGUACGUUCACGGCGCCGGGAUGGUGCACGGGGACGUCAAGGGCAGGAACGUGGUGAUCGGCGCCGACGGCCGCGCCAAGCUCGCGGACUUCGGGUGCUCUAAGAAAGCGGCCGCCGAUGGUCCGAUCAUCGGCGGCACGCCGGCGUUCAUGGCGCCGGAGGUGGCGCGCGGCGAGGAGCAGGGCCCCGCGGCCGACGUCUGGGCGCUCGGCUGCACGGUCGUCGAGAUGGCCACAGGCCGCGCCCCGUGGACCGGCAUGGACGGCAACGCGCUCGCCGCGCUGCACCGGAUCGGGUACACGGAGGCCGUGCCCGAGGUGCCCGAGUGGAUGUCCGCUGAGGCAAAGGACUUCCUGCGCGGCUGCCUGAUCAGGCAGGCCAGCGGCCGGUGCACGGCGGAGCAGCUGUUGAAGCAUCCGUUCUUGGCCGCCGUCGUUGACGGCGCGAAGCCACAAGCCGUGGAGAGCAAAAGCAAAUGGGUGUCGCCCAAGAGCACGCUGGACGCGGCAUUCUGGGGGUCGGAGUCAGACACCGAGGAGGCGGAGCACGACAGCACGGCCGAGAGGAGGAUCGGAGCAUUGGCCUGCCCUGCCUCGGCGCUCCCGGACUGGGACUCCGACGAGGGCUGGAUCGACGUGCUCUCCGCACCAACCGAAGCAGCGGACGCAGACGCCGUGCCGGCCAAGGAGACGACUGGCAUCAUCGCUGGCAUUAUCGCGAUCACAAGUGAAGAAGAAUCAGUACUAGAUGCAGAGUCGGGCUUUCCCGACAUUGCCGUUGACGUAGAGCACAGCAGGAGCUUCCUCGACGCAGGAGAAGCAUAUGAGGCUGACCCAGUCGUUAGGCAUUACCAGUUUUUGAAGAGUUUAGUUUGUGGCCAAUUAGUGUCAUGCACUUGUAAAUUAUUAGUGCAAACAGUACUGUUUUGCAACAUAAUCACUGAUGCAAUCGAAUUCGUUGAUACACAAACAGUAUCCCGCUUGGCGCCGCUCCUCUGUUUUGUCCGCUCAUACUUCUGCUCCCCAUUGCUACGUGAUAAUGAUGGGUUCACCCGGAAAAAAAAGAUAAUGAUUGACGAAUUAAAGGAAAAAUUAGGUUGGACUUAG